AUGACUGACCCAGCUUCCCAUGUGUCAGUCGGUGCUCUGAGGGCGAUCUUUGAUAACACCCAAACUACCGUCCUUGAGCCUAUUGUUCAGUGUGUUCAGAUAAAACCUCUACCACCUCAACCGAAUCAUCCAGAGCGCUACCGUGCUGUAUUUAGUGAUAUUUCUAAUUAUGUCCAAACUAUGCUGGCUACCCAAGCCAACCAUUUCGUGACUGAUGGAUCGCUUCGGAAAGGCUGCUUUGUCAGGCUUAAAUCUUUCCAAGCCAACUCUGUCAAAGGGAAAAAGAUUCUCAUUAUUUUAGAUCUUGAUGUUCUUGGUGACUUGGGUGAGUGUGAGAAGAUUGGCGAGCCUAAGCCACUUGAAAACAAGAUUGAAGAAGAUGAAAAGCAUCAGUUCGCAGCGAAUUCUGGAAACGGCUUUUAUGCUCCCAAUUUACCACAUGCACAGGCCCAGUCGAUGAACCGAGAACAUGCAGCCAGAUCUAGCAAAAGCUCUGCCCACGCAACAAUCUAUCCGAUAGAAGCUAUCUCGCCAUAUUCCAACAAGUGGACAAUCAAAGCGCGCUGCACCAACAAGUCGCAGAUCAAAACGUGGCAUAAUAGGAAUGGAGAAGGAAAGCUGUUCAGUGUCAAUCUACUGGAUGAUAGCGGUGAGAUUCGUGCAACCGGUUUCAAUGACCAAUGCGACUUGCUUUACGAUCUGUUUCAAGAAGGAUGUGUCUAUUACAUAUCAAGUCCUUGUCGGGUGCAAAUAGCGAAGAAGCAAUUCACAAAUUUGAACAACGACUAUGAAUUAACAUUUGAAAAGGACACCCUUGUUGAAAAGGCAGAAGAGCAGAGUGAUGUUCCCCAAGUUCGGUUCAACUUCACUGUCAUAGGCGAUUUGCAGUCCGUAGAGAAGGAUACCACCAUUGACGUCAUAGGCAUCCUCAAGGAGGUUGGGGAAAUGUCCCAAACUGUGUCAAAGACAACGAGCAAGUCAUAUGAUAAGCGCGAGCUUACUUUGGUCGACGCCACCGGCUUCUCCGUGCGAUUAACAGUGUGGGGUACCACAGCAACAGCUUUCAAUGUACUUCCUGAAUCUGUGAUUGCGUUCAAGGGGGUCAAGGUGUCCGACUUCGGAGGUAGGAGCCUUAGUCUACUUAGCUCAGGAUCAAUGACUAUUGAUCCUGAUAUUGAAGAGGCUCACAGGCUCAAGGGCUGGUUUGAUGCUCAAGGAAGAACAGAAGAUUUUCAGUCUCAUGUCAGCUCCUCAAACGCAACUGGCCCUUCGUUCAAGACAGAUCAUCUCAAGACAAUUGCGCAGGUCCGAGAGGAGCAGCUUGGAAUGUCUGAAGAGCCUGUUUUCUUCUCGUUAAAGGCAACAGUGAUCUAUAUUAAACAGGAUAAUGUCUGUUACCCUGCCUGUCUCUCUGACAGAUGUAACAAGAAAGUUACCGAAAUUGAUCCAGGCCAGUGGCGCUGUGAAAGAUGCGAUAAAACAUACCCGCGACCACAAUAUCGCUAUAUCAUGCUACUUAAUGUCAGUGAUCAUACAGGUCAACUUUGGCUGAGUUGUUUUGAUGAUGUGGGGAGGUCAAUUAUGGGAACGACAGCAGAUCAGUUGAUGGACAUCUGCCAGAACGAUGAGAAAAAAGCAAGCGAGCUAUUUUACCAGGCAAACUGUCGUACAUGGAACUUUCGAUGCAAAGCCAAAAUUGACCAUUUUGGGGACCAGCAACGUGUCCGCUAUCAAGUCUCCUCAGCCCAACCAAUCAGCUAUCCUGACGAGGCUUCAUCCCUUGCUGAUCAGAUCAACUCCUACAGUAUUGUGUGACGGAUAGUAAUUGAGAUGACU